AUGUACGGAGGCUUUAAUGUUAAGUUUAAGAUGGUUGAAAAUGCACUCCAAAACCAGAUGACUUAUGAGGCAUCAGGCCAAAUUCGUCAGGCUUUCGAUGUUGCAUCAGAUUAUUUCGCAAAACCAUAUGCUCGUGUUUGGGAUGCCCCACACGAACGCCUUUUCAAGAACACUCUUCGUCUCGCAUCACAACUCAUGGUUGCCCCAGAGUCAGCUCUUCAUACAGCUGUUCGUCUUGCAGUUACAAAUCCAAACGACACAUUGGCCGACAACCUUCUCGAAUUCCUUUCAAUGUGCGAUGAGAGAAUGGAAAUUGAGCAGCAGCGUGCCGAUAAGGAGCUCCAGAACACACCAGAUUCAGAGCUUUUCCAGAAAAUUGAUCUUAAGAAGCUUAUUCAAGAAUCCGUUGUCAACGCAUCCAUUGAGUUCACACACAAGUGCUACCUCGCUAUCCUCGAAAGAAUCUUCAAGAUCCAGCGUUUCGAAACACUUUACCACACAAUUCUUCGUAAGGCUUUCGAAUUCACCAGGAAGUACAACCGCCCAGAGUUCCACCGCGAAUUCUGCGUUUCCCUCAUGUACUACAGAACAGCCACUGAAAAUCCACGCCAGGAGACAAUUAUGAAGAUCAUCAACACACAGCUCGUCUGCUACGAGACAUCCGUCUUCUUCAAGAAGUACCAGCGCGCUAUCGAAGCUCUUGCCGAUGCUUUCGACUUCUCCCUCAAAUACAACUCACUUCCUCUCGAAAUUGAGAAGAAGAUCGAAGAGAAGAAGCUCGAGAUUCUCCAGCUCACCAACAACAAGCGCCUUGCUGCCAUCCAGCGUGCCAACAUGAUCGAUUUCUACAAUUCCCACCCAUCAGUCCAGCCACCAAUGCCAAUCAAGGAAAUGCUUGAGCUCGUUAUCAUCGAGACCGCCGCUUCUCCACUUUUCGAUGAGUCCAGCGUCAAAGAUGACACAGUAAACUUCCCAUUGUUCCUCAAGCAGACAUCCGGCACAAUUCCAUCCCGCUCUGAUGUCCUUACACGCCUUAUCCUCAAGGCCGAUAUCACACCACUCACAAUCUUCAUCAAAGCCGCUGAAACAGAGUCAGAUCCAUUCCUCAUUUCCGAAACAUACCAGCACUUCGUCAACCAGUACUCCGAGAAGUACGAGAAGACUCUUAUCGACGAACUCUCUCAAUACGCCGCAAUCAACAUCAUUGAGCGCAUUAGAAUCCACUACGAUACGAUUUCCUUCUACGAACUUGGUCAGUUCAUUCCAUGGAUGGACCAUGUCCCACUUGAGCAGCUUCUUGUCCACGCCGCCAGAUUCAACAUCAUUCCAGCCCAUAUUAACAUGUUGACAGGUUAUAUUUCACUUACACCACGUGGCAGCCAAGAGCUUGUCCCAACAAUGUCCAACAUGAACAACCAGCUCAAGAACAUCUUCGACCACUUCCAGUCCAUCAACAAGGAAAUGGCUGUUUCCGGCAUUUCCACCACAAACGACGACGACAUCAUGAGGCAGAGAAGGAAGGCCCACAGAGCCAUCUACGACGAACCAUACAGAGAGUUCAAUGACCGUCCAUCUCACUUGGCCUUGCUCAUCAAGAACGUCGAGAAGAAGAACGCAGCCAGGAGAGCCAAGGCAGAGGCAGAAGCUGCAGAAAAGAGGAGACUCGAGGAAGAUGAAGAGAAGAAGAGGAGAAGAGAGGAAGAAGAGAAAUCCAAGGAGAGAAAGAAACGCGCAGACUCAUACGAAUACAGAUACGCUGAAUGCCAGCUUAUCUGCGAAAGCCUCAACCUUGAUCUCAAAGAGUUCCUUGAGAAACCACUCGAGAAAGGACCAAGGAAGACAGGCAAGAAGCACGAGGACUUGGAGUGGAUCGAGUUGAAGGCAGACGAACUCAAGAGAAUGUACGUCCAAGAGAUGCAGUCAAAGUCAGACGGAAUCCAGAGAACUAUGGCUACUGUCAAGGCCGAGAUCGGCAAGAACAGAGUCAAGGCAAGACUCGCCAUGAAGAAGAAACUCGAGAAGGAAGGAAUGCUCGCCAAGGAAGCACAGAUCGUUCCAAAGCUCAUGGCAGCAAUGGAGAAAGGCCGCAAGAAGCAGUACGAAGAAGACCUCAAGCAGUACGAGGCAGUGCAGCAAAAGCUCAGAGACAUCACACCGCACUUCAAGGCACUCGCGGACAAGCUCAAGGAGCAGUUCGAGGCAGCAAGACCAGUUAAGCAUCAGCCAGCAGCCGGCGGAUACGUCACCCUCGCUCAGAGAAAGGCUGAGGAAGAGGCGAAGCAGGCAGAGGCAGAGAAGCCAGCGGAAGACGUCGAGGCGAAGAAGAAGGCCGAGGAAGAAGAGAAGAAGAGGAUCGAAGAGGAGAAGGAGAAGAAGGCAGAGGAAGAAGCCGCUGCAAAGAAGAAGGCUGAGGAAGAGGCAGCAAAGAAGAAGAAGGCAGAGGAAGAGAAGAAGAAAGCAGAAGAAGCUGCAAAGAAGAAGGCCGAAGAAGAAGCGAAGAAGAAACAACAAGAAGAGGCUGAAGAUGAUGAAGAGGAAGAGUACUACGAGGAAGAGGAAAUCAUCGAGAAAGUCAAAGUUCCAGUCGCAAAGAGUGGAUGGGGAGCUGUCAACGUCAGCGCAAACAAGCCAAUCGAAGUCGGACUCAACUCCCACAUGGCUUCUUCUCACCAGCCACAGCCAUCAGGAAGAUACAUUCCUUCAAACCAGCGCCCGAGACAGGGUCCACCAAGUCAAUCCCCUGCAGAAAGAUAUGGUUCUUUUCAGAGACAACAACCAAAUCUCGCAGAGAAAUACGGAUCAUCUCAGGGAACACAUCCACAGCCAGGUCAGAGAUCAAAUGGUCCUCAGAGACAACAACCAAAUCUCGCAGAGAAAUACGGAUCAUCUCAGGGAACACAUCCACAGCCAGGUCAGAGAUCAAAUGGUCCUCAGAGACAACAACCUAGUCCAGCAGAGAAAUUCGGAUCAUCUCAGAGAAAACCACAACCAAAUCCAGCACAGAGGUACGGUGGAUCUCAGAGACCACGCGGAGGCCGUAACUAA